CUUCUUCAAUCAUUGCAUUGAAUUACCCUAUACAACAGUUGCGAUGCCCAUGACUUCUGACUUGUUCCAUAGCUAUCCGAUUGAUGUGUGUGUGAGGGCCAUGAUGCUUAAUGACAAAGCUCCCGAAAUAGAACAAAGAGAGGAAAAUUCGUCAAGACUCGUCAUUCUUCCACCUCCUUCACAAUCCAUGUCCUCCAUGUCCUAGACCUUUCUCGAUUGUCCUCUUCUUAUCAUAUCCUUUACAUAUUCACCUGAAAAAAUGGGAACACACGCCACUGCUCACCACCCAUGAUACCUAUAUCCAGUGUCCAUGGUCUCACCCCUUCUCUGCAGCUCACGACGUCUCAUUCUUCCUUCCAUCACCAACCUCUGUCUGUCCCCAUCCGUAUUACUCCUCACCAUGGCCGGUGCUUCCAAUCUGUGUUCGCUGUCACUAGGAGAGGCCGUGAGCUCGGCUGAACUGUGUGUUCGUGGUAUACCUGCUGCUUCUCCAGAUCCCACACGGGUGAGAGGGCGUAGGAAGCCUCCUAGAAUGGUCGGCUUUACCGAACGCUUAUUAGGGUCGGCGCUGAGAGUAUGAGAGGGUAGGACAUACGACCGAGAAUGAAGUUGGGGUUGGGGUUGAGGAUGUGGGGUGGGCUGUAGCAAAGGGUGAUGAUGUCGAGGAAGCGGUGGUCGAUCAAUCUCCUCUGGCGAUUGGGCCGUUGACCCUCCUCGCGAACGGGUGUUG